AUCUGACUCAGCCUGUGACUACAAAAUUGUGCGCUCAACUUCUCUUCUCGCCAACCAUCAGCGGUAUCGCCCAGAUCAAAGACAUUUAGCAACUUGUACCGCAGCACGACAUUCGUCAUGGCCAAAGAGACCACUUUUAUCGACACUCAAGACGGGCUCAAGGGUCUCGUCGAUCUCAUAGCACGGCAGGACACCUGGAUGGGGGACUUUAAGCCUCUGCUCUACAUAGAUCUGGAAGGCAGAAAGCUCAGCCGCCAUGGUACAAUAUCCCUCAUGACCGUGCUUGUGAGUCCCGGUCACGGUUUGAUGUCUCCACACGUCAUAGACAUCCAUUCUCUUGGCUCUGUAGCCUUCUCCACGACCGGACAGCGUGGAAAUAGUCUCAAAGACAUAUUAGAGUCGCCACAGAUCAUCAAAGCAUUCUUCGACGUGCGAAAUGACUCGGACGCACUCUAUGCUCAUUACGGGGUCAGGCUACAGGGUGUCCGGGAUAUUCAGCUCAUGGAGAGCGCUGCUCGGCCGAAUACCCCUGGGCGGAAGUAUCUCUCCGGCCUGUCCAAAUGCAUCGAACAAGCUCUUUUCAACGCACGAGAAAGGGAGAAAUGGAUGCUGGACAAAACGAAUGAGGAGGCCUUAUGGAAUCCCGAAAAGGGCGGCUCAUACAGUGUGUUUGACAAAAGGCCACUCUUGGACGCGAUCAUCAGGUAUUGCGUGGGUGACGUACAGUAUCUACCGACUCUUUAUACGCGAUAUCGCCAUUCAACCGACCGUUGGAACCAGCUCAUUGCCGAGGCAUCGCAGAAGCGAGUGUCGCUCUCACACGCAGUUGAAUACCAACCGGAAGGCCCAGGGCGCGCACUGAGUCCUUGGAGCCCCGAGCAGAACAAGCUACUUGAUGAGUGGAAUGCCCCGCCUCCGCGGCCAUCAGGAGAUUAUUUUUCGUACGACUCGGAUGAUGAUUGGUACCCUUAUGAUGACAAUGACUUUGAGGAUUGGACGAGAGAACCGUGGCAGGGCCCCCCUUCAUAACCCACUGUUGACAAUGGGAUGAUAAUGCUAAUUCAGUGUUUGGAUUUGCCUUGGAUGUUGUUUGUGUUUGUGCAAUAAAUUGCUUGACCGUUCUCCCAAUUUCAUAUAGCUGCACUCUCAUGUUGAUUGAUUUUGGUAAAUUGAUCUCUGUUCUAUUUAAUCACGAAGCAUCUUGGCUACUCCUUCUCUACCUGACAACCUGCUCUUCCC